AUGCAGGUCGCAUUUUUCGACCUUAUUUGCCAGUUCUGCAUAUCUCGCGAAAGAAUGAAUUUCGAUUGUCGGAAUUGGCCGGUAUUCUACCCUUAUGGCAAGUUUCAUCCUGCGCACGUAAAACCCUGCUGUGGUAUUCCAUUGUGUUGUCAUCUAAACCUGCCUCAGCAUUUUUACACAAGUCACGGUAGCCCAUUAAGCAAACCGCAGAGGCCUUUCAAAAGUUUCCCAGAUAUUUCGACAUUCCACACCCCAGAUGAUCGCACUUCGGAAGCUUAUUCCAAGUUCCGCUCGGAAAUUCUCAGCGAGAUGAAAUCAGAAAUCGCAGAGAACAGGAACAUGAGACGUUUUGUUGGGUCCGCUAAUGCGGAAUAUUUGGAAAAGAGGAGGAAGAAUAACGAAUCCGCCAGGCGAUCGCGGGAGGCCAGGAAGCGAAAAGAGGACGAGAUCGCGAUCAGGUGUGCUUUUCUCGAACAGGAAAAUAUUCAUCUGAGGUUAAAAAUCGAAGAAGCGAAGAAAGAGAAGGAUAUGUUGCAGCGGUUGGUGUACUUUUAA